AUGCACCCAGUUCCCACGGGCGCCCUGCUGCUGGGCUUGGCGCUGCUGGUCUGCGGGUCCCACGCCUUCUUCCUGCCCAAUGGCACGCAGCUAGAGAAGCUUCUAAGCAAGUACCAGCAGGCUGGGCCCCAUGCGCGUGUGCGCCGUGCCAUCCCGCUCUCAGACCGAGAGGAGAUUCUGUUCCUGCACAACAAGAUGCGGGGACAAGUGAACCCCCCCGCCUCCAACAUGGAGUACAUGACCUGGGACGAGGAGCUGGAGCGGUCGGCAGCUGCCUGGGCACAGGAGUGCCUCUGGGAGCAUGGGCCCACCUCACUGAUGCCUACCAUUGGGCAGAACUUGGCUGUGCACUGGGGCUGGUACCGCUCCCCUGGCUCCCAAGUUCAGUCCUGGUAUGAUGAGGUGAAUCACUACACCUACCCAGCCCCGCACGAGUGUAACCCGUGGUGCCCUGAGAGGUGCUCUGGACCCAUGUGCACCCACUACACACAGAUUGUCUGGGCCACCACCACCAAGAUUGGCUGCGCGGUGCACACUUGCCCGUCCAUGGAAGUGUGGGGAGAGAUGUGGAAUAACGCCGUGUUCCUGGUCUGCAACUACUCUCCCAAGGGAAAUUGGAUCGGAGAAGCCCCCUACAAAACUGGCACCCCCUGCUCGGAUUGUCCCUCUGCAUAUGGAGGCAGCUGCAAGAACAAUCUGUGCUACCAUGAUACAGACCCCGAAAAGCGUGAAGCAGAUCGGGCCAACGAGGUGGAGACUGCGUCCAGCCCUGCAGAGGCGCCAGAAGGGGCCAAGCCGCGCACCACCAGGCCCCGGAAGCCCCAGAAAGACACGGCCAUGAGCUACAUGGCCCAAGUUGUCAGCUGUGACACCAAAUUAAAGGACAAGUGCAAAGGUUCCACAUGCAACAGGUACCAGUGUCCAGAAGGCUGUCUGAGCAGCAAGGCCAAGAUUUUUGGGACCCUGUUCUAUGAGAGUUCCUCCAGCAUCUGCCGGGCGGCCAUCCACUACGGAGUGCUGGACAACAGAGGAGGGCUGGUGGACAUCACCAGGAACGGGAAAGUCCCCUUCUUUGUGAAGUCAGGACGGAACGGGGUGGAGUCCUUAAGCAAAUAUAAGCCCUCCAGCUCCUUCACAGUGUCCAAGGUGAAAGUGCAGGAUGUGACCUGCUAUGACACGGUGGCUCAGCUCUGCCCCUUUAAGAAGCUGGGGACGCAUUGCCCACGUGUCCGCUGCCCGGCGUACUGUGAAAAUGAGCCGGCCCACCUGGCUCCGGUGUUUGGAACCAACAUCUAUGCAGAUACCUCGAGCAUCUGCAAGACAGCUGUGCACGCAGGGGCCCUGCAUGCAGGGAGCGGUGGCUUUGUGGACGUCAUGCCUGUAGACAGGAAGAAGGUCUACGUGGACUCAUUCAGGAACGGGGUACAGUCAGAAAGCUUACGGACCCCACAAGAUGGAAAGGCCUUCCGGAUCUUUGCGGUCAGGCAGUGA